UGAUUGACUCUUUGUCCUUUAAAGAGGGCCGGAGAUUCAGUUCUGGUGAUCUCUCUCAAUCCUCACAUCCAGAAAAGUUCACAAUGAUGAUGCGUGCAGCCGUGGGUCUCUGGGUCUUAUCAGCGGUGACCUGCGUCAGCAGCGCCAACAGUGUCUCCCUGGUGAGCGAAGCAAACGAAGCGUUUUCCUUCCGACUCUACAGGCAGUUAGCAGCUCACGCUGACUCACAGGGAAAGAAUAUCUUCUUCUCCCCGGCUAGUGUGUCGGCUGCCUUGGCUAUGUUGUCCGUGGGAGCGCAGGGAGAGACGCACCAUCAGCUUUUCAGUGGUCUGGGUUUCAACAGCUCCCUCCUGACGCAGACCGAUGUGGACCAGGCCUUUCAGACGUUGCUCCAGAGGGCCAACAACACAUCUCAGGAGGACGCCAGCGAAGGGACCGCCAUGUUCGUGGACGACUACUUCAAGCCGAAACCAGAGUUCCUGCAGACCCUGAAGCAGUCGUACUUCGCAGAUGGGUUCAAUGUGGACUUCAACAAAACCACAGAAAGUGCUGAUGCCAUCAAUAAGUACAUGGAGGAGAAGACCAACGGGAAGAUUGACAAGCUGGUGGAAGACGUGGAUGCAAACACAGUCAUGUAUCUCAUCAGCUACGUCUACUACAAAGGAAAGUGGGCGACUCCGUUUGACCCUGAGCUCACCAAGGAAGACGACUUCAAUGUGGACGAGAACACCAAGGUUCCAGCCGUCAUGAUGAAUCUGGAGGAUACUCUCCAUGCCUAUCAAGACCAGGAGCUGAACACAACGGUCCUUCAGCUCCCCUUCAACAGCUCCUACUAUAUGCUGCUGAUGUUGCCUGACAUCAUGGUAACACUGGAGAACGCCAUCUGCCCGAACCACGUCACCAAAUGGUUGAAGGCUAUGAGCCCCAGGAGAUAUAAUGUAGAUAUUCCAAAGUUCUCCAUCAAGACUUCCUACAAACUGAACGAUGUGCUGUCAGAAAUGGGAAUGACAGACAUGUUUGGUGAUCGUGCAAUUUUUACUGGGAUUUCAGAGGAGGAAGGACUGUUUGUCUCGGAUCUUGUGCACCAAGCUACGCUGGACGUGGAGGCUGAAGCUGAAGCCGAAGCUGCAGCUUCCACACGCAGCAGCAGCAUUGAACUGACGACCGCCCUCCCGGCCCCUAUCCCUGUGAAAUUCAAUCGUCCAUUCAUGGUCAUCAUAACUGAAAGUAACACAGAAAAAAUCCUGUUCUUAGGCAAGAUUAUCAACCCAAUCAUCUGAUGGAUCAUCACUUUGUUUCCGCGAGCACAGCUGUUGCAUUUCAUAUAAAGAAGUAAAAAA